AUGAAGAAGUCCAUGAAGGCUGUCAGGGUUGCAACAGGAGGUUCGCUGAAGUCACGCAGGACCAGUGGGGAGAGGCAAGACAGCAGCACAAGCAGUGACAGUGACAGGAGCAGCGUUUCCUGUGGUUUUCUGACCGACAUGUGGCAGCAGCAGCUCUCACAUUGUCCUGAUGGCAGUUACCUGAUAAAGGGACCAUUCGUCACUCCUAGAGUAGACAACACAGAUGACUUAGUGCAGAACCGAAUGGGAGGAGCUGGGCCACAUGACCACGUUCAGCUGGACUCCUGCCUGCUCCAGCCAGUGAAUGAGGGUAAAUUGAGGUUCAAAUCUCUAUUAAAUGAUCAUCCCCUACAAGGUGAACUAAGAAUAACCCUGUGGUCUGAGGUGGAAGAGGCCAACGGCAAGGAAUUGGCAGAAGUUCUCAUUGACAGGUCCCCCCAUAUACUGGAUAGAGUUGUGGUGAACAUCUCAGAAAAGAUGAAUCUCACAGAUUUGUCGAAGAUGGCAAAGGGUCAGAUCCCAGGCAGUGCCCAGGGGCGAGGAAAAAUGGCAGAGUUAGAAGAGACAGACACAGAAGACGAUUUGGAUGUGGAAAAUCCAGGUAAAAAGGAGGAAUGUGGAAAUAUAAUGGAGAUACUUCCUUUGCUCCAGAAAAAUAAACUUCGACUGGUAGGCGGUGACGAUUUCCUUGACAGUGUCAUUCAGAGGAGCCGGAAGUUCAUACCUUUCUUGCAGCCGAGAAUUCUCCCACAACCCAUUGCGCAUACAGUGGUGCUGCACGGGCCUGCAGGUGUCGGGAAAAGUGCCCUGGCGAAGCAGCUGAUCCUGGACUGGGUAGAGAACAACCUCAAUCAGAUGUUCAACUACGUCUUCUACUUGAAGUGCAAGGAGCUCAAUCACGUGGGUGCGUGCAGCUUUGCAGAGCUGAUCUUCAAGGACUGGCCCCAGUGUCUGGGUUGUGCGGCAGAAGUCUUUGCCCAGGCACAGAAGAUCCUGUUCAUCAUCGAUGGUUUUGAAGAGCUGAGAGUCCCCGCGGGGGCCCUGAUCCAUGAUAUCUGUGGCAACUGGCAGAGGGAGAAGCCAGUGCCCGUCCUCCUGGGCAGUCUGCUGAAGAGGAAGAUGCUGCCCAAGGCCAGCCUGCUGGUCACCACGCGGCCCGAGGCCCUGCGGGAGCUCCGGCUCCUGGUGGAGCAGCCGCUCUUCAUAGAGAUGGAGGGGUUCCUGGAGCCAGACAGGAGAGCGUAUUUCCUGAGACAAUUCGGCGACCAGGACCGGGCCCUGCGCGCUCUGGACUUGAUGAGGGGCAACGCGGCCCUGUUCCGCCUGGGCUCGGCCCCCGCCGUGUGCCACAUCUUCUGUGCUUGUCUGAAGCUUCAGAUGGAGAAGGGGGAGGACCCUGCCCCCACCUGCCUGACCACCACGUCGCUGUUCCUGCGUUUCCUCUGUGACCAGUUCACCCUGGCACCUGGCAGCUGCCCCAGCGAAAACCUGCGAGGGUCGCUGAGGGCUCUGUGUCUCCUGGCUGCCCAGGGCGUGUGGACACAGACGUCGGUGUUUGACGAGGAAGACCUUGGGAAGCUCGAGAUGGAGGAGGAGGACCUCUGUCCUUUCCUGGACAAAGGUGUCCUCCAGAGGGACUGUGAUGGCUGCUAUUCCUUGAUCCACCUCAGCGUCCAGCAGUUUCUUGCUGCCAUGUAUUACAUUCUGGACAGUGAGGAGCAGGAAGAGGCGGAGUGCCACAGGGGGGACAUCGGGGAUGUGCAGAAGCUGUUCUCCAAGGAGGAGCGAGUGAGGAACCCCAGCCUGACCCAGGUGGGGUACUUCUUAUUUGGCCUCUCAAAUGAGAAGAGGGUUCAGGAGCUGGAGUCGACUUUUGGCUGCCGGAUGUCCCAGCAGAUCAAGGAGGAAUUACUGAAAUACAGAGCAAAGGUUGGUGAGAACAAGCCCUUCUCUAGGACGGACAUGAAGGAACUUUUGUAUUGCCUCUACGAGUCUCAGGACGAGGGGCUGGUGAGGGGCGCGAUGGCCCCCUUCACUGAAGUUUCUCUCCACUGGAUGAAUACAUUUGAAGUGAUGUACUCUUCCUUCUGUCUCAAGCAUUGUCAGAACCUGAAGAAACUCUCCCUGCAGAUAGCAAGGGGGAUAUUUCUGGAGAAUGACCCUGUGUCGCGUGAGCAGGCUCAACUUGAGAGCUCAAACAAGAAUCUGAGCUCUCUGGACAUGAUGCAAAGCUUCCUGAGUGACUCCUCUGUGAGGAUUCUUUGUGAUCAUAUAACCCGGGUCUCCUGUCAUCUGCAGAAAGUGGUGAUUAGAAAUGUCACCCCUGAUAGCGCUUACCGGGAUUUCUGUCUGGCUUUUGUUGGUAAGAAAACUUUGACACACCUGACCCUGGAGGGCCAUGUCCAAUGGGAUGAUAUGCUGCUGCUGCUGCUGGGCGAGAUCCUCAGACAUGUGAAAUGCAGCCUGCAGUAUCUGAGGUUGGGAUUUCAUUCUGUGACCACAGAACGAUGGGCCAAUCUCACCUUGGCCCUCAAAGUCAACCAGUCACUGACGUGCCUGGACCUCUCAGACAAUGAGCUCCUGGACGAGGGUGCCAAGUUGCUGCACACGAGUCUGAAAGGCCCAAAGUGCCUGCUGCAAAGGCUGUCGUUGGAGAACUGUCACCUUACAGAAGCCUGCUGUAAGCAACUUGCUUCUGUUUUGGUGGUCAGUCAGCAGCUGACUUACCUGUGCUUGGCCAAGAAUGACCUCGGGGAUGGUGGAGUGAAAUUUCUGUGUGAGGGCUUGGGGUACCCUGAAUGCAAACUACAGACCCUGGUGUUACGGCAAUGCAAUAUUUCCAGACUUGGCUGCAGGCAUCUCUCAAAGUUAUUCCAGGGACACUCCAGCCUAACAAGCUUGGACCUGGGUCUCAAUUGCAUAACUACUGGAUUGUGGUUUCUCUGUAAGGCCUUGAAGAAUCCAUUUUGUAAUCUAAAAUAUCUAGGGCUCUGGGGCUGCUCCCUCACGCCUUUCUCUUGUCAGGAUCUUUCAUCAGCUCUUCUUAGCAACCAGAAGCUGGAGAGCCUGGACCUAGGCCAGAAUAACUUGGGACAGAGUGGAGUCACUCUGCUCUUUGAGGCUUUAAAACAAAAGAAUGGACCCUUGAAGACACUCAGGUUGAAGGCAUAUGAGUCUAAUUUGAAAAUCCAAGUGUUGUUGGAGUAUAUAAAAGAAAACAAUCCCCAACUGACAAUUGACUGCGAUGCUGCCAGGACGACUAGAUCAUCAUCUUGUUAUUACCUCUCCUGAGCCCCCUGCAACUGCACCUCUCCUGAGCAAC